AUGGCUACCAAUCUUGCACCAACCAUUCGCUUCGACGAAGCUGCGAUCCGUCGUUUCUCCACUUCGGGUAUCUCCAAUAGAUCAAGAAAAUCAGACCAAGACGCAGAAGACGACUCUGAUGAAGAACACGCACAAGAUUGGUCAAAGACAACGAAGGAUGGAGAAUCUUGGGCAGACCGCGAGCGUCGACGAUCCUCAAUCUGGUCAAAGACCGACACAAAUACUCCUUUCGCAAACGUCGAUACCUCAGGUCGCCGGGGUUCAGUCCUCUCACUCUGGUCUGCCGGCAAAGAUAAGGAUGGAAAGCACAUCUUGAAGCACGACGACGUACCAGCGAAGGAUGAGGACUACAACGAGAGUGCCAUUUCUGAAGGACUCCCAUCCCCGAACGGAUCAAGACAGGGAAGUCUUAGCGUCCCCGGUUCUCGACGAGGAACAAACGAUCGCUCAGGAUCAAAGGGCGCAGACAGACGGCCAAGCAUCCUCAGCAUGUGGUCUACCGGCAAAGACAAGGAUGGCAACGUCGUGAUGUUGCACGACGACGAGGAGUGGAAAGAAUGA